UUAUGUCUUGAAAUGACAAAACACAAAAACACAUCGAAACACUGUUGAUUAGCAAUUAUUCGGCAUUUUCUCCUUACUCUUUCGAAAAAUCCCAAAGAAAAAUCAUUAGUUAUUAAAACACUCCAUUGGAUUUUCAGCUGAUGUCCUUUCUUUUUCGGAAUAAAUCCAUUCAUAAUUGAUACAAAAAAAUGGCAUAUGAUCAGCAAAAUUACAACAAUUGGAAUACUCCACAAGAUUCAUACAAUUUCGAUAUGCCCGAACAAUUUGGUGGCGAACUAAAUUUCCAAUCGUUCGAUGCAAGUCAAAAUGUAGAUGUAAGCAAUUUCGCAAAUGCCGGCUACACUGGCUCGUACUAUGAUCCAAAUGCAUAUGCUGCACCCGAUCCCAUUUAUGACGGUGCUAACAGCGAUUUUGACAAUGAACCACCCCUAUUAGAAGAACUCGGUAUCAAUCCAAAUCAUAUUUUACAGAAGACGUUGUCGGUGUUAAAUCCAUUACGAACGACAGAUCAAACGAUUUUGCAGGAUACCGAUUUGGCUGGGCCGCUUGUGUUUUGUCUAGCAUUCGGUUCAUUUUUACUUCUUAGUGGCAAAGUGCACUUUUCAUACAUUUAUGGCUUUGGAGUUUUUGGGUGUAUAGCAUUUUGGGCCUUGUUGAAAGUGAUGACAACUCAAGAUUCAGUUAAUAUUGGGGCUGUUACAUCGGUUUUGGGAUACUGUUUGCUUCCAAUCGUUGUACUAUCAGGAGUUAACGUUCUUUUUACGUUAAAAGGUGUAUUUGGUAUUGUCCUAACGAGUGUAUGUAUCUUAUGGUGUUCGGCGUCUGCCUCAAAACUAUUUGUGACUGCAUAUUCAAUGGAACACCAGCAAAUCUUGGUUGCAUAUCCGUGUGCAUUGCUCUACGGUGUUUUUGCAUUGAUUACAAUUUUUUAGAAAAAAAAAGCUGUUCGAUCUGAGAAAGCGAUGAAAUGUUAAAAUAAGACCAGGGUUUAAAAAUAACAAAUAACCAACAAAUCAAUCUAAAUACAUUUUGAACAAAAACAUCAAA